AUGAAGUUAAAGUCAGGAGAGAACUUAAAUCCAGAUAAUUCGAAAACGGAUGGAGACAAAAAGGAUGGCAAUUUAACCCCAAUCCACAUUGAGUGCACAAACUCCAAAUCCGAGCCACCACCUCUACUAGAAGAAAUAAAAGAAGCCAUCAAAGAUCUGAAAAAUGGCAAAAGCCCAGGAGCAGACGAAGCCACGGCCGAAUUAAUCAAGAAUGGAGGUCCAAAUAUCGUAGCUUUCUAUCAUAAACUUCACAGUAGCAAAAUUUUGCUGAAAGAAAUAACUAGAAGAAUACAAAACAAACUGAAAGAUGAAAGUGCUAAGGAACAGACAGUUUUCAGAGCCGGAAGAAGUACAAGAAAUCAAAUACUCAACCUGAAAAUGGUCAUCGAAAAGAACCGUGAACAUGGGAAAGAUCUAUUCAUCUGCUUCAUUGCCUACACCAAAGCCUUUGACACUGUGGCACACGACAUCCUUUGGGAAAACAUGCACGACAUGGGCUUUCAUGAGCAUAUCAUCCUGUUGUUGAAGGCGAUGUACGACAAACAAAAAGCAGCAGAUCAGUCAGUCAGUGGGCACCAAAUUACCAACUUGAGAUAUGCUGACGACGCAGUCCUCAUAGCAGGCAGCAUGGAAGAACUCCAGGAUCUAGUUGAUAGAGUUAGACAAGAAAGUGAAAAAUCAGGGUUUCUACUCAAUGCUAAGAAAACAAAAGGAAUGAAAAUUAGAAGGAAGAUUACUGAACACGACGAAACAAACAUCAAGAUCAACAACGCGUCUACUGAGAACGUCAAACAAUUUACAUACUUGGGUGUGGUCUUAAAAUAUAAUUAUGAUGAUAGCGUUGAAAUUAAAAGAAGACUUAGCAAUUGCCAUAAAGGCUACAGAGGCACUAACAAGCAUCUGGAAGGACAAGAACAUCUCCCUUAA